AUGCAAGACCUCGAGUGGGAACUCCAGCAGUCCAGAAUCCGCAUUGCCAACGACUUUAUCUCGAGGUCUGUACUUGAGUACACAAUGCGCUUCAACGAAUUAGACCACGACAUUGAAACAAACGAUCUUCCUCGACUUCGCGAUGCAAUCAAGCAGCUAUGCCAGAAAGUUGGUUUACUUGUCAAGGAGAAAGCACUUACUUUUGAGGCAUACCAGGCUUUGAUUGAAAAGUGGUCAUUGCGACCAGAAGACACCCAGAGCACCCUUGGCCAGCUGACUACCAGCGGGUCCAGGGUGCUUGGUGUCCACAACUCUAUUUCGGAUUUCGAUGCACUACCUCCACUACAGCUCGUGCUAUAUGGACUUGGAGAUGACGUUACUGAAGCUUCAGAAACAAUACGCGCUGUAUUGCAGUUGCCAUCGGAUUUCAACCAGACGACCACUGUAGAACCGCCACGGAAUGAAACAACCGAUUUUGAAGUCCAAGUCGGGUCGGCGCCUCCUCAUUCACCAUAUCAUGCAGAAGGUGUGGAGGAUGUUCAAUCCACUAUUGAUGUUCAUGAUGACACAAGACUGUCAUCAUAUUCGCUCGUACUGGACGAGGCCCCGCUCCAAGAACUCGAGUCCUCAUAUUUUCACAGAGAUAGGACACCAAGCGCAGACCGAUUGCUCAUUAAUCGACAAGACGACAGCGUACGAACGAUCCAAAGCUUCCAACUGUCAGCGGAGGAAUUCCCAAUCAUCAACAAGGAUUACCCGGAUGACAUAUAUAUAAUUCGAUGUCCGGAUCCUUACUGCGUAGGGUGGCAGUUCGAACAUAAUCCUUUCCUGCUUGGGCAAGCAAUUAACCACUAUCUAAGAUACCAUCCGGGGGUACUAAAGAACGGCUACAUUACUAGGCAGAUAAUCUGGGAGGUUUCUGCAAUCAAAGUUGUUGGGAUGGACCAAUCCGAGGUCAGAAGGCGAGCCAGAGCGAAGCACCAAAGAUGGACUUGCAACCCAAGUCAAGAUUCAUGGACAGAGAAGUUCUAUCUCGAACCUUCGGAUAGCUACAACAGCCAAAAUCAACCAAAACAACCACGCCUCUCGUCUGAUGUGUGCGUACCUGGGUCACCAAUCCUUGGUAGCAUUGACCACGAAAAUAACGAAGUCAACGAUCCUUGUGCUGGUAGAGCGGCUUCGAGCUCAGACAAUAGUCGCCACCAUACCCCCUUCGUGUGUAGUACACAUGAUUCAGAAUAUAUUGACGAUGUAUUUGACGAUGCGUACCUUGACAACCGCUCAAGGACCAUGCCCAAACUCAACAAAAAUCCUGUUCAUGUGACCAUAGAGUCAGCUGAGCAUACAGCCGGCUGGCCAACUGAAGAUGUUUCACUCGACAUGGAAAGUGUAUGGCCAAACUCUUCGAGCUCUCACUCGCCACACUUACAUUCAUCUAAACGUCGCAAGCUUGCAUCGGAUCAAUCUAAUCCCCCCGUCACCCUCAAACGCAAGGGGCUCAAGAAGCUUGGGGUAGAAUCUACCUCUUCCACCGGUAUCAAUGAGACACGCCUUUCUAAUCCCGCAGAGAGCAAUAUAGACCUCGCGGAACAAGCGGUGCAUGCGUCACGCAACUACCAAGAUGCAAGGUCCUCUUUGGACAUGACAAGCACUGACAGGUUUGAUCCGAUUGCCCGAUGGUUUGCACGGGAGCAUUGA